AGAGAGAGAGAGAGAGAGAGAGAGAGAGAGAGAGAGAGAGAGAGAGGAAGAAAGAGUGAAAGAGAAAAGAGUGUCGUGUCAUUGAAGAAUCGUGUUGAAACUGGCGUCCUUGAGCGAUGACUCCGGCAUCGAUGAUACCAAUGAUCGAGCUUGAACGAGUUGAACCUUACGAGGGCUUCUUCCUGGAGUCUGUCGAAGUGGAGAACAUGUCGUCGCUGAUAGACGUCGAGUUCGAUGGUGGUGAGACAGUGCGAUCGGUCGUGAGAAGAAUAUUGAACGAGAGUGAUUACGAGCUGAAGAUCGUUCUCGAGGACGACGGUACCGGUGUAGGAGGAGUAGUAGCAGCUGCAGGAGGUGGAGGAGGAGGUGGAGCUGCUGGAGGUGGUGCGCGCACCGACGUAGACAACGAGGGACUGAACAAUUGGUGGGCGAUGCUAGCACUGGUUCUCGUCGUGGGCACGGCCGCGGGAAAUAUUUUGGUCUGCCUUGCCAUCGCCUGGGAGAGGAAACUCCAGAACGUUACAAAUUAUUUUCUGAUGAGUCUCGCCAUAACCGAUCUCAUGGUCGCCAUCUUGGUGAUGCCUCUGGGCAUUCUCACUCUCGUUCGAGGAUAUUUUCCACUACCUGCGGUCUACUGUCUCGCUUGGAUUUGUCUGGACGUUCUAUUUUGUACGGCAAGCAUAAUGCAUCUCUGCACAAUAAGCGUCGACCGAUAUCUGAGCCUACGUUAUCCAAUGAAAUUUGGUCGGAAUAAAACGAGACGAAGGGUCAUCCUGAAAAUAAUAUUUGUCUGGCUGCUCAGCAUCGCCAUGAGCUUACCUCUCAGUUUAAUGUAUUCUAAGGAUCACAACUCCGUGUUGGUCGACGGUGCGUGCCAAAUACCAGAUCCUUUGUAUAAACUGAUUGGUAGCAUAAUCUGCUUCUACAUACCGCUAGGUGUCAUGCUACUAACAUAUGCAUUGACGGUGAGACUGUUGGCCAAACAGAGACAGAAUAUCGGUGGAACUACUGGUUGGUCAUCGGGAUGGUUGGGUGGUCCACAAGGUACAUCCACGGGAGGUCUCGAGAGGCGUGGCACGUGGAAGAGAUUUCUAUUGACCAAAAGCUCAGCCGGAAGUGGUGGUACUCCUCAACAUACCUCUGGUACCUCUACCGAUACGGAACUAACGACCCUCGACACCCACGAAUUAUGGCUUCCUGAAAGUGAACCACCACCCUCGGCGAUGUCUGCGCUUCACGCUUUCGGUGCGGAAAUGUUAAAAUUGUCCAGAGGAUUGGAAGGUAUAGCAAGUCCGUUAACGCAAACUCCAAUUAGGACAGGCAGAUCAUCGACGUCUUCGGGUGCCCAUUCUUCUGGUAUUCAGCAACAUCAUCACCAUCAGCAUCAACAUCAUCAACAACAGCAACAUCAUCAACAGCAUCAACAACAGCAACAUCAUCAGCAGCAACAACGGUGCAGCUUUCGAAACGGCAGUGGCGACAGCGGAGGAAGUAGUGCGUCGGGUUCAAGGACGAGUUUGUCGAUUGGUCAGGACGAUUUGAGUUCACCGAUACCUUGGAAACAUCGGCGUAGAGCAUCGACGUACAACGAGACACAUCUCGAACGAGCAGACUCGAUAACACCGAAGAUGUCUCGUAAGAGAUCGUUCAGUUUUCACGAACAAACGGCGUUCAGGCGAUCGUCCUCCUCGAGAAAGAGUUCGGCUAACGACGAUAUCACGAAAUCGAGAAAAUCAUCGGAAAAAUCUGACAAUGAAACCACGAACAUAGCGUUGCCACCACCUUGCACUUGUCCGUAUUUCGGCGAAUCCUCGAAAAAACAAAUACCGCAGACUAGCGAUGUCGUCAUUGUUUCGAGCGAAACCAUGAAACCUAUUUCUGAGAGAACACUUGAAAUGAAUCUUCUUGGUAGAAAGAACGAACUCGUAGGAACCAAUUCGAUCGUAACCUGGAGAGGUGGAAGGCGUGGUUCUAGUUUAGGUAGUACGAGAACUCAGUUGGCGGGUACCAAGGCAACAACAUUACGACGUGCGGCGACGAUGCGCGCGCAUAAUGGCGCGGCAACCAGUACGCCUUUGAAACAAACUGGCAACCCGUCGUCACCUAUCUUAAGAUAUGGUGGUGGUGGUGGUGGUGGUGGUAGUGGUAGUGGUACUAGUGCUAGUGGUGUUCGUGCUCAUCAUUCGAGAACGAGUAGCGUUGUUUCAAGGAAUAGCUCGAGACAUGGUAGGAUCAUAAGGCUCGAGCAAAAAGCUACUAAAGUUCUUGGUGUUGUUUUCUUCACCUUCGUCAUUCUCUGGGCACCCUUUUUCGUCUUGAAUCUCGUCCCAGCUGUAUGUCCAGAUUGCGAGAGACAGAUCGAUCGUAAUAUCUUCGAUUUGGUUACAUGGCUCGGUUAUGCCAGUUCCAUGGUCAAUCCUAUAUUUUACACUAUUUUUAAUAAGGUAUUCAGGCAGACCUUCAAACAGGUACUUCUCUGCAGAUACAGGAAUCAAGCUUGGAGACCAUCUAGGUAGGCACUCGGCCCCGGGAGACCGGGGUCUGCCGUUACCAGGCUUUAACGUCCAUUUAGUUUCCAAGAGAUUGAGCUUUGAUAAAAAGGAAGAGUAUUAUAUGAGAUAGAACCAGAAAAGACGUCGAUGGAACUCUUAUUCUUUCUCUUUCUCUCUUUCUCUCUCUCUCUCUUUUUCUUUCUUUUUUUCUUUCUUUCUGUUUUACUUUCUCACAUCCCCAUGACAAUGUUCAGACACAUCGGAUAGGAGAUUUGAUUAAUCGAGAGAUCUUCGGUGAGGAUCGAAAUAAUAAUAAUAAUAAUAAUAAUAAUAAUAAUAAUAAUAAUAAUAAUAAUAAUAAUAAUAAAAUAAGACACUUUUUUCCUCUCUCUUGAAGAGAAUCGUGAUUAUUAUUUCUAUGUAAAACGUAAGAAAUGCUUCCAUAGUUAAGGAUCUAAGUCGAUCGAAUUUCAAUAUCAUGAAAAUGAAAUGUGCAUGCAUGCGUGUGUGAGUUUG